GUGCAGUUAUUAUUGCCACGAUUCACGUUCAUUUCGAAUUGUUGUUGAUCUGACAAAUGUCAAACUCAUAGUUAAUGUUAUUGUUUACGUUAAAUUUCCAAAUACUGUAAUUUGUUGGAUAAUUAUCAGUAACAAUAUUAGGAAUAGAAAAUGAUGACAAAUAUGGAAGAGGCAGAAGCAAGAGAACUUCAAUCACAAAUUGAGAAACACAACAACGAGGAAGAUGAAAUUGACUUCAAAGUAGCUAUAGAGAAAUUAACCGAAGGAUUCUUAAAACAAUAUCAAGAACAGUGGGAGCAAAGUGGGAAAAAGCUAAAUGAAGUAAAAAGCAAACAAGAAAUUUUGCUCAGUCAGAUGCAAAUUGAGAAUAAAAAAGUCCAAGAUGUUUUUAAUGAUGUUAAAUUAAAUGAGAUGUUUCAAAUGAUUAAAGUUAGUCAAGGUAAAUUAAUAUUAAUGAAAAAAGAAAUGGUUUCCAUUCAUGAAAGAACAUUCAGAUUAAAAAAACGAGCAUCAAAGUUGCAGCAAAUAGUACAGAAAGAGGCCUUGAAUAAGGAACAACAACGAGAACAAGAACUUCGUCGGGAACAAGAAUUAAUUGGCAAGCCAGCAAUAAGUUAAGGAAAAUAAUUAUAUAGGAAAAUAAUUAAUAUCAAUAAAGAUACAUAAAAGAUACAUAUAAAAACAGAUUGUACUUAUACACACAUCAAGAUAAAAUGUAUAUCUAAAAUUAAUUGACUUUAUUGUCUAAUAUAUACGUACAUAUAAUUUAUACAUACAUAUUUUUAUGUUACCAAACAAUUUUCCAUUGUCCAUUAGUGUUACAUUUCUCAGUAUUUUUACAUAAAUAAUUAAAUGUUGUUUUAGUGGGAAAACCAAUGAUUUCUCUGUCUUCUUGUAUUCUAAAUGUAAAUGUUGAUUCUUGUGUUCCUAUAAAAUACCUACAAAUUAUGCAUUAUUUCUUUCAUAACAUAAGAAAUAAAAUAAAUGAAGUAAAU